AUGGUGUUGGCAUCGAAUAGGUCCCUACGCUUUCGCUUAGUGGUGUUGGGGUCAGUCGUGGUGGGUAUGACGGUGGUGAUGUGGACUAUUGCAGGUGUGUACUAUCGAGCCCAGCGAGGUUUGUUGGCUGCAUCGGGUGUGGCCUACACACUUGGUCUGAGGCAUGCUUUAGAUGCGGACCACAUUUCGGCCAUUGACAAUGUGACACGGAAGUUGAUGACAGACGGAAGAUAUUCGACUACGGUAGGUUUCUUCUUCUCAAUCGGCCACUCGAGUUUGGUUAUCGCGGGUUGUUUUGUUCUCUGGGCCACCGAGAGGGCGAUUGAGGAUGCUGCGACAAAUUAUAUGACAGUCCUUACGUAUGUCUCGUCAGUGUUUGCGAGCGUAUUUCUAAUCUUGAUAGGACUCAUUAACCUUGUCCAGCUCAUUAAAGUGAAGCGGGAACUGCAGCGGAUCAAGCGUGAGAAGGUGUAUAGGGAGGUCGACGAUCAAGCCUUCAAAGGCGUCGGUGGGGUGUUUACACGUUGCGCUGGCGGCAUCUUUAAGUCCGUCGAUCGCAGCUGGAAAAUGUUCUUCGUCGGUCUUAUCUUCGGUCUUGGCUUCGACACCACUGCCUCCGUUACUGCCGUCAUGACCACCGCUACUAGCCGCAUGUCUGACCGUCGCAUCAGCUUCGUGGAUGCACUCAUCAUCUCCAUGCUUUUUACUUGCGGCAUGGUUGCCAUGGACACGGCAGACGGCAUCAUGAUGCUGGGCACGUACAAGUGGAGCGACCGGAAGAUCGUGCGGCGACUCUUCUUCACUUACAUUAUAACCCUCAUCAGUGUUAUUGCAGCUCUCGUAAUUGGCGUCAUCAUUGGACUCCGGCUCAUCGUGGAUGCCUCCGACUGCACGGAAAACAACUUCUGCAAAUUCAUCUCCUUCAUUGACGCACAGUUCCAAUUCAUCGGUCUAGGACUCACCCUCUGCUUCAUUGCAGUCUGGGGCGGCGGCUACCUGUACUACCGACACUCUCACUGGUCUCUCCUAGAAGACCAAAUCGUCUACGCCAGCGAGACCUGCGCAUCUUCUCAGGCACUCGUUGCCGAUGGGUACACCCCCACAUAUUCAUGCACGCCCAAGAGCCAGAGCUCCUUGCAGCUGACGCAGUACGGGCAAGUGACACAGUACACUGAAGUCGUCACAGAAUGGCCCUGA